GUCCGGGUGGUUAGAGAAUAGUUUACCAGUCAGAUAUGUUCUUCGCGACGACAGUGGUGCUGUCUGUGCUUGCAGCGCACUCCGUGCAGGCGCAGACCUUCACCUUGACAGGUUGUCACAUACACGGCGAUGUAGAAUACUGCUUUCUUCCCAAUGGCUCAGAGGUGCCAUGGAAGACAUAUGAGCCACGUACCGCAGCAACGCCGACACCAUCAACGACAAUAGCAAGCGCAAGUGCAAUAGCCACAAGCACUACAGCCACCACAGCAUCGGCAAGCAAGACAGUACCAGCUUCAGUGACUGGCUGUCACUCUCAUGGAAAUAGCCAAUUUUGUAUGGCAGGCGAAACAGAGUACCUUGUCCUAAACUCGCCCACUGGAACAGGAAACCCUCCAUCGCAGUACUCUGGCUGCCAUGCCCAUGGUUCGGAGGCAUUCUGUAUGACGGAAAGUGGUGAAGAGGUCCAGAUAGAAGCCGCAAUGGACGAGGAAGAGUCUCAUGAAACACAUGACCACUCCGAAGAGAGUGGAUCUUCUCCAUCAGGCAAUGGCAAGGGCAAUGGAAAGAAGAACUGUCAUUUUCAUGCUGGAGUCGAACAUUGUAUUGAAGAAGGAGAAUCGGAGCAUAGCAGUGACACCAAAUCUUGCGACCGCAUCGACAGGAAUUACAAUAUUCCGCUCCGUAUCGGACUGCUUUUCGUGAUCCUGGCGACAAGCGCAAUAGCUGUCUUCUCUCCUAUCCUCCUUGCCCAAUUCACGCAAGUAACGCUAAACAGCUUAGCUUUUACGGCCCUAAAGCAAUUCGGAACCGGCGUAAUAAUUGCAACUGCAUUCGUUCACUUACUUACACAUGCACAACUAAUGUUCGCCAACGAGUGCCUGGGAACCUUGACGUAUGAGGCAACAACUACCGCCAUUGCAAUGGCCGGAGCAUUCCUCGCAUUUCUGUUUGAAUACAUUGGCGGCCGGCUUGUCAUGUCUCGAUCUUCUCGCAAGUCUUCCCCCGGCACGGAUCAUGGUUCAGAUAUUGAACAAGUGACUCCGAAAGAAGAUCAAAGGAAACAUGGUUUGACUGCCUUGGGGCACGGCCAUGGACUGGCAAAGUCGGAUGAUCACUUCAAGGUUGGCGUGAUGGAAGCCGGCAUCAUUUUUCACUCGAUUCUAAUUGGUGUCACACUAGUCGUAGCUGGCGACUCGUUUUUCAUAACCCUAUUCAUUGUCAUCCUUUUCCAUCAGAUGUUCGAAGGGAUUGCCCUUGGUACUCGAAUCGCUGCUUUAUCAUCGCACAUGAUAACAAAAUUUGGAAUGGCGAGUGCCUUUGCAAUCAUCACACCAAUUGGAAUGGCCAUUGGGACUGGUGUGUUGAAGCAAUUUAACGGCAACUCAGCCUCGACCAUAGUCGCGAUAGGCACCUUGGAUGCCCUAAGUGCAGGAAUCCUGCUUUGGGUGGGGCUGGUUGAAAUGUGGAGUCAUGAUUGGCUCCAUGGCGAUCUAGCAAAAGCCGGUGUUGUAAAGACUAUCGUUGCUUUGUCUUUUCUGUUAUUUGGAAUGAUCCUCAUGAGCGUGCUUGGAAAAUGGGCGUAAAUGCGAUCAUCGUAUAUGAUAUAGAUGCGUUAUGUCAGUGGGAAUUUAGGGCGUAUCAGAAAGAGGUGAUAAUCUUCUUAUUUCUUUCACUGCGGCGUCACUUCAGCCAUUUCUGGGUAAGGCAACGCGUCUCACGAGAAGUUUCUGCACCGU